AUGACGGCUGUUCGUGGAGCUCAUAGUACACACACAUCAGGUGGGGGACUGAAGGACGGCGGGCAAACCGUGCCGAAGCCCGCUCCGGCGCCGGAGUUACCCAACGGUCCUCCAUCCUCUACCGGCGAACUGACUCGCACAUGGGCACAGUUUGCGAAGACCUUCGUCCUUAUUUUCCCUAUCUACGUGUUGGGAUAUUUUGAGUUCAGCUUCAGUUGGCUUUUAAUUGGACUUGCCAUCUUUUACUUCUGGAGAAGAAACACCUGGUGUAAGAAUACCAGGCUUAACCGAGCGAUAGCUUUCUUUGAACAAGAGGAGGAAACAGUUAAGCACAAUUUGACGUCCUCUGACCUGCCGUCGUGGAUUCACUUCCCAGAUGUUGAAAGAGUGGAAUGGUUAAAUAAGACAGUGAAACAGAUGUGGCCGUAUAUUUGUCAGUUUGUGGAAAAACUGUUUAGGGACACCAUUGAGCCAGCAGUGAAAGAAGCCAAUUCUCAUCUCAGCACGUUCACCUUCGCCAAGGUUGACCUGGGAGAUAAGCCUAUUAGGGUGAAUGGGGUCAAAGUUUACACAGAGAAUGUGGACAAAAGACAGAUCAUCAUGGACCUCCAGAUAAGCUAUGUUGGAAAUACAGAAAUUGAAGUGGAUAUUAAGAGAUAUUACUGCAGAGCUGGGAUCAAAAGUAUACAGCUCCACGGCGUGUUGCGGGUGGUGAUGGAGCCCUUGUUGGGGGACAUGCCGCUGGUUGGUGCUUUGUCCUUCUUCUUCCUUAAGAAGCCGCUUUUGGACAUUAACUGGACAGGUCUCACAAAUAUCCUCGACAUUCCUGGACUCAAUGGUUUCUCAGACAACCUGAUCCAGGACAUUAUCUACAGUUACCUGGUGCUGCCAAACAGAGUCACUGUUCCAUUGGUGGGAGAUGUAGAGCUAGCCAAGCUUCGUUUUCCCAUGCCAAAGGGCGUGUUAAGAAUUCACUUCCUGGAGGCUCAGGAUCUGGAGGGCAAGGAUAAGUUUCUGGGCGGACUCAUCAAAGGGAAGUCCGAUCCGUACGGCGUCCUUCAGCUCGGAAAUCAGCUGUUCCAGAGCAAGACCAUUAAAGAGUGCCUGCACCCUAAAUGGAACGAAGUCUAUGAGGCUUUGGUAUACGAACACUCUGGUCAACAUUUGGAGAUCGAACUAUUUGACGAAGACCCAGAUAAGGAUGAUUUUCUGGGCAGCCUCAUGGUAGACCUAACAGAGUUACAUAAGGAGCAGAAAGUUGAUGAGUGGUUUCAGCUGGAAGAGGCAACGACAGGGAAGCUGCAUCUGAGAAUGGAAUGGCUCUCCCUUUAUUCACAGCCUGAGAAAUUGGAACAGGUGUUGAGGAGCAUCAGGGCUGAUAAGUAUCAGGCCCAUGAUAAAGACGCUCUCUCCUCUGCUCUGCUGGUUGUUCAUCUGGACUCUGCCAGGAGUUUACCUAGCUACCCACUUGACUUUAACCAAGAGGGGCCCAAGCACUCUUACAAAGGCCUGAAGUCUGGCAAGAAAGUUAACACUGAUCCAAGCCCGUAUGUGCAGUUUAGCGUCGGAAAGAAAACCUACCAGAGCAAGGUGCGUUAUAAGACAAGUGAACCACUGUGGGAAGAAGCCUACACGUUCCUCAUACACAACCCUCAUGUUCAGAGCCUGGAAGUGGUGGUGAAGGACGAUAAGCACAAGUGCAAACUGGGUAAUCUUCAGAUCAGCUUGAGCAGGUUACUGGUGGAAGAGGACAUGACACUGACUGAGCAGUUUCCCCUCUCCAACUCUGGGCCCAACUCUACCAUCAAACUCAAGAUGGCACUCAGGAUCCUCUGUGGAGAGCGAGAGAUGGCGUCUGGCCAACCAUCCUCCGUGCAAGUCAGACGAGCCGAUUCCAGCAACUCCACCUCUCCAAACCAUCACCCCAGCUCCUCCAAAACCCAAACCAAACCCACACCCACACCCACGCCCACGCCCACACCCGCCGCCUCUCUCUCCCCCGCCCCCGUGCAGCAGGGCCAGAGAGGGGGAGAGGGCAGCCCCGUGCGGCUGGCGGAGGUGGGGCGUAGUGUCUCCAGCCAGGCCAUCAGCAGUGCCCAUAAAGAGCAGUCCCACAGGGACUCCACCCCCAGCCUGGCCUCAGACACCUCCCUGCCCUGCGCCACCCUGGAGCUCCAGCAGAGACUACGUCACCUGCAGAAUGGCUCUGGUCCCAGCCAGUAUCCACUGGGUGAAAUCCAGCUCACAGUCAGACACAGUUCUCAGAGGAACAAACUCAUUGUGGUGGUCCACGCCUGCCGUAAUCUGAUAGCAUUGAAUAAAGAAGGCUCUGAUCCGUAUAUCCGCCUCUACCUGCUCCCUGAUAAGAGUCGCAGUGGCCGCAGGAAAACCACCAUGAUGAAGAGAAACCUUAAUCCCAUCUACGACCAGUCGUUUGAGUUUAGUGUGUCCAUGGUGGAGCUGCACAGACGGACUCUGGAUGUAGCAGUGAAAAACGGAGGAGGACUACUCUCUAAAAACAAAGGCCUUUUGGGCAAGGUACUAGUGGAUUUGUCCAGUGAUGAGAUUUCCAAAGGAUGGACUCAAUGGUAUGAUCUGACUGCAGAUGGGUCACCGAAAAUAGUUCAGGCCUGA